CAUCGGCCCCCCGUGGUUUCGGCCUGUUUCGGAACCGUUCGGGCAUUUUCGCCUCUUUGUUUUACUGAUAGUGGAUUUAACUCGGAUUCAACCCAACAUCCAACGGAGCGCUCUCUUCAUAAACAGGUGUGUGAGCAGUGGUCCAUGAUGCACAGCUAAUGCUGGCCUGGCUGCCUCUCUGUCUGCAGUAGAUUCAUGGCAGCAUUAGGGAACCCCGAGAUGCUCACAAGGAAGAUCAAACUGUGGGACAUAAAUGCCCACAUUACAUGUCGCCUGUGUGAGGGGUACCUGAUCGACGCCACCACUGUCACCGAGUGCUUACACACCUUCUGCAGGAGCUGUUUAGUGAAAUAUCUGGAAGAGAACAACACGUGCCCCACGUGUAGGAUUGUCAUUCACCAGAGCCACCCACUGCAGUAUAUCGGCCAUGACCGAACAAUGCAAGACAUUGUCUAUAAGUUGGUGCCGGGACUCCAAGAAGCGGAGUUGAAAAAGCAGAGAGAUUUCUAUCAGAAACUGGGCAUGGAGGUACCCGGGGACAUCAAAGGAGAGCUGUGCAACAUGAAGGCCCACCUGGACUCGCAGCGCAAUGGCGAAGUAAAAUCCGAGGACGCAGCGAAGGAGGGCGAUGAGAAACCAGAAGAGGACAAUGAUUAUCAUCGUAGUGAUGAGCAGGUGAGCAUCUGUCUGGAAUGUAACAGCAGUAAGCUCCGUGGACUCAAGCGGAAGUGGAUCCGCUGCUCGGCCCAGGCUACCGUUCUUCAUCUUAAAAAAUUCAUCGCCAAGAAGCUCAACUUGACAUCUUUCAACGAGCUGGACAUUUUAUGCAAUGAAGAAAUCCUAGGCAAGGACCAUACGCUCAAAUUUGUGGUGGUGACGAGGUGGAGAUUCAAGAAAUCACCCCUCCUCCUGCAUUACAGACCCAAGAUGGAUUUGCUGUAGUUGGACAGGACGGUUGUUUUGGCCCAGGACUGCGCAGCGCACUAUUUAUGCAGAGACUAUCAACGUCACACACACCAAACACACACCAGUCCCACGAGUCAAUCCCGACACGAGCCAGCAAACAACCAAUACCAACUCAAUUAAUGCUACUCUGGUGAUUCCGCCAAGCCAAACAGCUGCAGGCGUUCCUUCUACUCAUCAUCCGCUAUGUCCUCGAUAUGUGAAAGAAAAAAAAAAAACAACGGGAAAAAAAGAGAGAGAGAAAGCAUAUAUUUAUACUUUUGUACAGAAGAGAGACACGGACCCAAGACGCUACCGGUGCUCUGUUUACACACCAACAACAAACAAAGGGGUGAAGUUUUUAUAUCGACGACCAUGGCUCACACCUCAGACCUGUGAAGAGCCGCCGCUCAGUGUGUGCACUCCUGAGUGGGGGUCCUGUCACACUGCUCACUGCGGAGAAACUCCUUCACUGCCCACUCACUCGUUCAGGUCUCAACAGUCUCGGGAGCACAGAAAAUACAACUAUAUGACAAAAGACAUCGUUCCUAAUACGUUUUAGUUGUGAAUCGUCUCGGAGCAUUUGUUUAUUUUGUUUGCUUGUUUGUUUGUUUUUUCCCCUUUAUUGCGUUACCGAACGUGGAAUUGUGAAUAGACAAAAUUAUGUGUAGUAAUUUAUGUUCAAUUUACAAGUAUUGUACAUAGACAUUGUUACAAUGCAAGAGAGAUAAAAAGCUGAUGGGUGAGAUGUAAGAGUGAGCGAGUGCGCGAGUGCGUGAGUGCGAGACAGAGACUGACUGAACGACUGUUCUGAAAUGUGGAUUUUAAAGGAAUGAUUCGAGGAAACCAAAUUUACACCAGUUUUCCACCUAAACACAGAUGAAGAUACAGUGAUUUGCAUAAGUAUUCGGCACACCUUGAUCCCCCCACCCAAACGUUUCCACAUUUUGUAGUGCAACAAGUGAAACUUCCAGUUAGUUAAUUUAAUUGAUUUUAGUUAAUAAUUCGGCUUAUAUAUCUUCAAUCUUAUGAGUUAUUUUGUGCAGAUUAAAGAAGGGAAAAUAUAUAUAGUUUCCAAAAUUAUUUACAAAUAAAGAACAUAAAAAUUUGCAUAAGUAUUCAGCCCCUGUUUCUGUGAAACCUUUAAAUUAGUCACAUCAUUAGAUGUGUGAAAUCUGACUAUAGAUACAGAAUGUUAAAGAAUAUAUCAAAAUCACUCAGCAUCAUGAACUCCAAGAAGCUAUCAAAACAAUGUUCUGGAAAAAUCAUGUUUUGGUUAUUUAAAAAAAAAAAAAAAAAAAAAUGAAUCCCAAACUUUGACUAUCUCACAGAGCUCCAUUAUUGUAAAUAUUCAAAUAAUUUGGCAAACUAUAUAGAUUUUUCCCUUAUGGUCAAAUAUUAAUGACUAUUUUGUGUAGAUUUAUGGCGUAUACUCCCAAUCAAGUCCAUUUGAGUUCCAGGUUAUAAUGCUACAAAAUGUGGAGAUGGUCCAGGGGAGUGAAUACUUCUGCAAGGCAAUGCAUGUUCAGAUUUUUUUUUGAUUCAAUGCCAAACACAUUCUAGUUUUUGGAUUAUUUUUGAGGUGCAAAAUUGGUGUUAAUUGUUUUUCUUCCCCCUCUAACAUUCUUUUAAACAGUCAGAUGUGUGAAUAUAUAGGGACUUAAAGAAUAUUUGCAUAGUGAGAUUCCUUAACAGAAUGUGUCCUUUAUCAGAGGGACAUCACCUUCUCUCACUAAACACACAAACCUGUCUUCCCCUUGUGUAGUUAAAGGGGGUGUUUAGUGUCUAUGCGUGAUAAUGGCAGUGAUGUAAAUUGGAAAGCAGUUUUGAAAUGACAAAGUGCUUUUAAACCAUUCUCCCAAGUGAUUCAUUAGCCAUCGCAGAGUUAUUAAUGUCGUCUAAUGAUGGAUAGUUAACUUAAGGCAUAUUAGUCAUGCAAAAUAUCACACACACUUCAAACGAACAAACUGCCUGCAUCUAAAAAGAAAGAAACAGUAGCUUGUAUUUGGAGGCAAGCUUUUACUGUUUUAAGUGUGUUAAAUACACUAUGCGAUACAUUUCUAUUGGGUUUGUGUCUGGACAUGGACAUGAUGCGGCACAGAAACGUAAUCUGUAACCUAGCAUCCGUCCCUGAGGUUCCCCCACACCACAUCCAGUCUUAGAACCAUAUAUGCAAUACAUAGGCUUUAUUAUAUGUUUAGCAGAAGCGAUAAGCAUUUAGGUUUCCACAGAAGCUUUAGUAGCCCACUCCUCUACAGAAAGAAUGUAAUCCAUAUCCAUGUGUUCAGUUCAACUCUUGUGUUUCACGUUUAGUGCCAAAGGCUCAAAAACACCCUUCAGGCUUCAUGUUUAUUCUGUAUGGCAAGCUGUGUGGAAGGCAAAAUGCAGAGAGAUCGUAAAAGGAAAAAAAAAAAAAAUUAUUUAAUAAUCGGAAAUUGUCGUUCGUCACCAUUCGUGUUUUAUCAAAUUAACAAUUUUUUUCUUAUUUUUUAUUUAUUUAAUUUUUAUUUAUUUUUAUUUUUUUAAAGCUGGAGCCCUCUUUUAUGACACGUCAAUCCAUAAUAUUUCAGACUUUGCAACAGAAGUGCUUAUAAGCGAGGUCUAAAGGGCUCUAUCAGUACUAUCGGUACUGUUUCCUCUCUUUUAAGCUACUCAGUGAAGAAAUAAUAACAAUCAAGUUUUGAUAUUGAGAUUUGAUAUCUCAUUUGUAUUAAAAAUGUCUCCUUUUUUGGAAUAAAAACAAAAAACAACUUGGUAGACAGGGAAUGAAGUGGUAAAUAUGAGGUCUUCUAGCUGCUCGUUCUGUGUGUCUACUUUCACACGGGUAAAAAUGCCAAAACCAGCUUGACCAAAUCUCAUUUUAUUUCGUUCUCAAAGUUACUACACAUCUAGUUGUGUUAAAGACUACAGUCUCGCGUCAGAUCUCUUGCCUGUAAUGUGUUUUAUCCUUUCACUUUGGAUGUGCUUACUUUUAUCGAUGUCUUAUAAUGUGAAAGAUUUCAGUAUGUAAUGAAGAAAUGUUAUGCUUUACUGUUUCUAAAGCACAGGUUCUGCUUAGUUGUAUCAUGUCCUUAUUAUUAUUAUUAUUAUUUUUUUUUAGGUCUUUUUGACCUAGUCCUGUUGAUUUGGUCCAUGAGCAAUCCACACGCUGUCUCAUUUCUGUGUUAAUGAAUUGUAUUACUUACUGGAUGAAAUCGUGAAACCAGGCCAGCAAUUUACCGUGAACAGUCCAAAGUGGAACAAGCACAUGCAUUAUUAUUAUUAUUGUUGUUAUUAUUAUUAUUAUUAUUAUUAUUAUUAUUAUUCCAUGUACUCAUUUUAUAUUAGAUGAGUACUGUUCAGGAUUAACGGAAAGCGGUCUGGGUGCGUUUCCUCUUACGUCUCAGUUUCUUCGUGGAGAAGGCUGGUGGUGCUGUCGUUCUUUUGAGCUGAUAAAUGGUGCUAAUGUUUUAUACACUUUGUUAAAAGACGUAUGCUUACUUUCGGUGUGGACGAGCAGUGGAUGGUUAAAAAAAAAAAAAAAAAAAAAAAAAAAAAGAGUCUCGCUUUAUUUUGUGUCUGGUGCUCUUGGAUUUUGUACAAGCUCAUUUCUUCAGGCUGUCUGAGGGGAAAAAAAACACAAUAUGUUCUUUUUCUUUUAUUAGUAAAAGCAGAAAUAUCACGACUGCGCCAUCCCCUUGCACGCUCCUAAGAAAAACAGUUUCUGGCAAAGCUUCAUUACUUCUAAGCUUUUCCUCAACACAGCUCCACCUGCCUCUUUCAGAGCCCGUUGGUCCGAAGUGCAGAAACGUGUAACUGUUAAGACCGUACAGGCACAAGAUGGCUUUUUUUUUUGGUUUUGUUUUGUUUUUAAAUUGCAUCUGAAAGUGGAAAUCUCACACCCGCAGUGCAUCUGAGAGAGUGUUAGCUAUUCAGGCCUGCAUUGAGAUGUCAGUGCUACACUUGACAGACAGGCUGUAAGAAGAUUAUGCGAGUGCUCCUCGAAUGCCCGGCACACUGAGGGCUCUGUUUAGAGACCUGGACAGUGCCAAGACAUCUCUUUAUCUCUCUUGGUACUGGCGUGUGUGGUCUUUUGUUUAGACACUUUCCUCAUUGGUGGUUAUACUGGAUCUGUUAGGUCAGGAUUUAGUCCGAUAUUCCAUGAAAUGUUUUGUUUUCGAUAAAAAUAAAAAAAAAGCUCAGCAGUUUCAGGUGUUUUUUUUUUUUUUUUUUUUUUUUUCCUCUUAUACCUCUGAAUGUUUUCACCUUACAUUAAGCUGAUCAUUAAUCCCUCAGCAUUUUAAAAUAAUUGAACAGAGAACCUGAUAGCUGAAGGAUGGAUAAUUCUGCAUAUAGAGGCAUUGUAAAGCCCAUCACCAGCAAGCCUCUCUGCUAGGACUGCAUCCUGAACAUAUUGCCAUGGUUACGCUGGUUGAAGGUGCUAACGAUUGGUCAGUGAUUGUGGGUUGCCAGGUGUUUCAGUUGCACACAUGGCGACACCAUCGGUCUUAACAAGGCACCGACCUCUAAACCUUCGAAACCUGGCGUUCUUUUGAAAACUUCUUCCUAAUUACAUUAAUGACAAAAUUUUAGGACCAACUUUGAUAGUGGCACCUUCCUACGAGCCAUAAAUACUGUCCAAACUUUGUUUAUUUUUCAAAUCUUAUUUAUUUAUACUGUAAACAAUUGACUCUUUGCAGUAGCCUGUUUUUUGAUACGUCAUGAGAUCUGGUGUCCUUUUGUGCAUUCAGUUAUUUGUGUGUGUUUGUUUUUUCUUUUGUUGUUUGUUUUUUUUGUUUUUUUUUUCGUUUGAUCACAAAAGAUGGCUUAAAAAAUGAUCUUGUUGCAUAAAAGCUGUCCUUUCUGUCUUUCUGCAUGUAGUUUUACGACUAUAAUUCCAUUGAAAUGAUGUGUGUGUUAUUGCUCUUUGGCUACAACACUCCUGUUGUAAUCUGAUCAGGUACAACUGCGAGUGUCUCAUCUUUACUUGGAUGCUUCAUUGUGUUUAUGAGGAGAAAAAAAUGUGCAAUAUACAUCUCUCAGAUGGUUCCUGGUUUCAGCUCUAGAAACUCCAUUUCUUCUUUUCUGUUUGCAUCAGGUGCUCAGGUCACUGAACUAUUCCUUUCAGUCCUCAUCUCACACACAUUCUACGGGUGCCUGUGAGGCUUAGAUCACACUAAUGUUUCAUUCUCAUCAACUUUGCUUAUUCUUUUGGGGGAUAAAACUUUUGGCACUUAAUGUGGUGCCAUAUUUUUUUCUUUUUUUUUUGUGUGUGUGUGUGUGUCUUCAUUAACUGUAUUAUGAUUAUUUAUUGCACAUGUAAUAAGAAUGGUUUCCAUGGCUACACUUAAAGGAGUCUGAGUUUAAAACUAGGCUGGAGUUUCUUACAAUUUUAUGGACGCUUUUGUUGAAAAAUUUAAAAGUGUGUAUUUCAUGAAUAAAUGCCUUAAAAGAAC